GCUGGUCUCUCUCCGCUCCAGGUGGCUGAUGUUGCUCUGGGUCAUCGCAGGAACCGACCAGCCCUUCGCUCUUUCCUCUGCUCCCCGGCGCCGCGGCUGCCCUGGGGUCACCAUGAGGCAUCUCGUCUGGCUGCUGUUCCUCCCGGGCUUCCUGUGUUACUGUGACCCACCUGUCGAGGUCCCCGAGUCCCUGAUCGCUUAGACGGGGGCCUGUCUGUCCAUCCCGUGCCGCUAUCGAUCCUGUGUCAUGACCCCCAUAAGGACAAACAAACUGAUCAUCGACUCCCUGGCCUGGUACCUGAACCCUGUGUAUGACGUUGAGAAGAAAGAUUUCAGUGGCACCGUCCUGUAUAAACACAACGCUGCCAUCAGCCCGGCCUUCGCAGGGCGCGUGAGGUUCCUGGGGGACCUGGAGAAAGAUUGCAGCCUGCAGCUGUCUGACCUGCGGGCCAGCGAGAACGGCUUGUAUGGGCUGAGACUGAUCGUCUCGAACCCCAGGCAGAAGCAGGAGGAGAAGAAGUGGAUGACUAGGAUCAGUGUGAAUGUGACGGCUUCACCUCCAGCUCCUCAAAUCCAAGCACCCAGCGAGCUCAGGGAGUCAAUCCCGGCCCAGGCAGUUUGCUCCGUAGCCUAUUACUGCCCCGACUACCCCAUAACCCUGACGUGGGUCGGUUUGGGGCAUGGAACCCCUGAGCCCACCACAAGGAUGGACAGUGGAAGGACUCAGAGCUCGCUGACUUUCACACCCACCUGGCAGGACCAUGGGAAAAAUGUAACCUGCCGACUCAGCACCCCGGCUGGGACACCGAGCUCCGAGAGCAGCGUGGUGCUGGACGUGAAAUGCGCCCCAAAGGGCGUGCGUGUUGAAUUGGUGACCGGCUCUCCAAUCCAGGAAAGGACCACGGUUGUGCUCAAAUUGCUCACUGCAGGGCUCAUCCGCCGUCAGCAACUACACAUGGUACAGAAGCGGGCAGCAUCCCAGAACAAACCCAGCAGGAGCUUGGCCCGACAAGAUCCAUCCCAACCAGUCCGGUUCCACCACUGCGAGCCUCAGAACAGAGUCGGGAUGUCGGAGUCGCCAGCCAUUACAAUUGAUGUGCAGUGCCCAG